GAUGGUUUUUUUUUUGCGCCGUCAUGCUGACAGUCCAUCGGUGUACUGUUUCACUUUUGGGAAUGCCAUCCGACUAGUAAUAGUCGCGCGAUGCCGCACGCACGGACAUUUCCAUUCAGAAUCACAUUGUCCGAAGGGUGUGUGUAGCACAACGUUUAGCAUCGCAACAGCAACUGAUUCUGUGUAUUUGAAGAUCAGGAGAGAGACGCGCAGGAGAGCCUGAGAGAGACAGACAGACAGACAGCGCAAUGCAUCCUCAGGGUCUUCUCUUCAGACAGAUUUUACAGGUAUUCUGGAAAUGUGAGCUGUUAUUUACUUCUGCCAUUAAACUCUUUGAGAAGGAGAGCAGCACCUAUACAUACCUACUGGCAGACAAGAAGACCAAGGAGGCAGUUAUUAUUGACCCUGUGCUGGAAACCGUGGAGCGAGACUCCCGACUCGUUCAGCAACUUGAACUAAAGCUUCUCUAUGCAGUCAACACCCAUGUGCAUGCUGAUCAUGUGACCGGUUCCAGCCGCUUGAAAGACAUCUUCCCAGGCUGCAAGAGUGUUCUGUCGGAAGCCAGCGGUGGAAAGGCAGAUCAUUAUGUAGAUGAUGGAGAAGAACUGAGAUUUGGGAACUUUGCUCUAGAAGUCAGGAAAACUCCAGGUCACACGAAUGGCUGCAUGACCUUGGUCCUGUCUAAUGCGGUGGCAUUCACCGGUGAUGCCCUCCUGAUCAGAGGCUGUGGACGGACAGACUUCCAGCAAGGCAGCGCAGAAACUCUCUACUAUUCAGUGCACAACAAGAUUUUCACGCUUCCCGAUGACUGCCUGCUUUAUCCUGGCCAUGACUACACAGGCCAAACAGUUACAACAGUGGAAGAAGAAAAGAAGUUGAACUCCCGCUUGACCAAACCUCUGCCUGAAUUUGUGGAACUGAUGAACAAUUUGAACCUACCCUACCCCAAACAGAUUGACCGUGCCCUGCCUGCAAAUCUCAUCUGUGGCAUCCAAGACACUUCAAACAAGUGAAUGGAUUUUCCAGAGCAUCCCAUUCUGCUGAAAUGACAAAAACGAAAUCUAUAACCCAGAGCCUCUCCGCUCUUCAGGAUUUAAAGCUUGGCUCCUACUAACAAGAAGCAUUCAGAUUAAGGCGGUCAAGUCGUUAAGAUGGUGUCAUUAAACUGCUAAAUGUCCUAAA